GAAGAUGAUGCGUCGUCUUGAUCUGUUCAGUCAUUGCCCCGACCGCAUUGAUGCAAUCUGAUCAUGAGAUCAGUGUUUCUCAAUAAGAACAGUGUUUACAGAGAUACAAGAGCUCAGACACCGGCGCUUCGAAAGAGCCGAUAUUCUUCUCCAAUGGGUACCGAAACAGAUGAUGAACAACAAGAAACCGACAUGGUCGAGUUAGAGAAUUCCAGAAACGACGACGAAGACUAUGAUGAUGAAGAAGACGAAGAAGAAGAAGAAGAAGAAGAAUCUCCCAAGUUGGUAUUUAAAUUCUCUUAUCAGAUCGAAACAUUCGAAAGAUUGAGCAGAGAAGGAUACAGAGACGGAGAUGGCGGCUUCCGGCGCUCCUCUCCUCCGACCGCUACGGCGGAGAAGUAUGAAACUUUUCCGGCGAAGAAUCUCAGAUGCGUCGUGGAGGAACCGAAGGCGGCGACUUUUAGGGUUGGAGAAUUGUUCUGUGAAUCCAUCAAUGUCUCAGUUGAAGAUAUUGGUAUCUUGCGGGGGAAAUCAACCGAUGGAAAAUCAGAACUCUCUGCUUCAGGAAAGGACAGAACAGAGAGUUAUGUUUCUGCGCGGAAGGAUGAGUCUGAAGAGCUAGUGGAAGAAGAAAAUUCUGAUUUUCCCGAGAAAAUCCUGUUCUUGACAGAGAAUGAUUUUCUUGAAAGCACGGAUUCCAGUCAAACUUUCACCAGUCACGGUGGAGGGUUUCUAUCAGAUUCAGAUUUCGAGGAACACUUUGGUUACGAUACAUCACCGGAGAAGGAUUCCGUGGAAGAAUCGCAUAACAAUGGCAAGAAUCAAGAGGGGGGUUAUGAUCCAGAAGAAGAAUCAAACGGUGGGUUAGAGAGCCUGUGGGAGCAUCAGGAUCUGAUCGAACAGUUACAGAUGGAGCUGAAGAAGGUGAAAGCCAUUGGUCUUCCGACAAUUCAGGAAGACGAAGAUGAGAGUCCGAAGAUAGUGGAAGAUCUCAAGCCAUGGAAGAUCGAGGAGAAGAAGCUCCGACCUGUUGACACCAUUGGCGAGCUUCAUAAAUUCUACAGGAGUUACAGAGAACGAAUGCGGAAACUCGACAUCCUAAGCUAUCAGAAGAUGUAUGCUCUUGGGCUUCUUCAGUCAAAGGACCCACUUCAAGCAAUAUCGGCCGUCGGAUCCUCUUCUCCUCCGGCUUUCACAUCGGUUUUCCCGGUUAGCCUCCAGUUACGGAAACCAAGAAAACCGGAAACCGAACCAAUGGUUAAGUUCGUAAGAGAAAUUCACGGCGAAUUAGAAAACGUAUACGUUGGCCAGAUGUGUCUAUCGUGGGAAAUCCUUCACUGGCAAUACGAAAAGGCCAUCGAGCUUUGGGAAUCCGACGCUUGUGGAGUCCGUCGGUACAACGAAGUCGCGGGAGAAUUUCAACAAUUUCAAGUCCUGAUUCAGAGGUUUAUGGAGAAUGAACCCUUUGAAGUCCCAAGGAUUCAACAUUACGUCAAGAAACGUUGUGCUCUUCGUAAUCUACUUCAUGUCCCGGUUAUACGAGGAGAUGGGGACAUGGACAAAAGGAAAGGAAGAAGAAGAGAGUUAGAUGACGCCACAUACGAGAAUGCAGUCACAAGCGAGCAACUUGUGGAGAUUAUGGAGGAAUCUAUUCGAUUGUUUUGGAGAUUCGUUCGAUCUGAUAAACGUUCUCGUUCGAUAUGUAAAGAAUCUAGGACCAAAUCCCAAGUAGAACCCGAAGAUCCCGAGGAACUAGGCAUGUUAGCAGAUAUCAAAUCAAACCUUCAGAAGAAAGAGAAGAGAUUGAAAGAAGUAUUGAACAGCGAGAAAUGCAUCAUAAGAAGGUUGAAGAAGAAACACGAGGAGGGAGAAGGAGAAGAAGGAGAUCAAGAGCUUCACCUCUUCUUCUCGCAAGUGGACAUGAGGCUGGUGGCAAGGGUGUUGAACAUGUCCAAACUGACAAAGGAUCACUUGGUUUGGUGCCACGACAAGUUGAGCAAAAUUAACUUUGUAAAUAGGGAGUUGCAUUUAGACCCUCCUUCCUUUUGUCUCUUCCCUUGUUGAGCAUCCAUGUGGAUAUGUAAAAUCCCAUAUAGCAAACUUUCAUAACGUAGGAAUAAAACCAUUUUGAUUUUGUGUU